AUAAAAGCGCGCAAAAUGGAUCUUCAACUUAUGAUUUUGCAAACUUCUACGGGGAAAAUGCUAUCCGAAUAUCAGUUAAAUUUACUGAAUAAAAACAAUAUUGAAUCCCUGAUCGAUUUUUAUAAGGCGGAUGAGAAGAAACUUCACGAAUUGCUGCUCAUCAAUGUAGAAUCCGUCCGGAAGCUGAAGAAGGAAUUGUCUAUGUUGCCCAAGGCGCCCGAUGAGGUUAGCGCUCUGGAUGUUGAAUAUGGCACGGGAAUAGAGGAGUUGGACAAACUGCUUACCUCCGUGAAACAGCGCUUUAAGCCGGGCAGGGUCUGGGAGCUCUGUGGACAGACCGGCGUGGGCAAGACUCAGGUGAUGUACACCUUGGCCGUGAAUUUCGUUUGGAAGCACGCCCCGCCAGUCCUAUUCAUUGACACCAAGCAGGACUUCUCCUGCAAGAGGAUACAGGACAUGCUCCGGGCCAGGAACACCGAUGCGGAAACCACUGACAGAGUCAUGAAAGCCAUCCAGGUGGUGCAAGCUCACACAGUCACGGACCUUAUUAAUGUGCUGAUAACUUUCGAUCAGCAACUGACCGCCAAGAUAGAAGCCGCCGUAAAAACCAAGUUUGUGCUUAUUGAUUCCCUUGGAGCUUACUUUGCCCACUAUCGCGGCAGAAGGAUGCAGAGGCUAAGAAAAUCCCUGCUGGUGGAGCUCGCUUGCAAAGUCCGCAAACUGGCUGUCCGGGGCGUGGCCUUUAUCAUCGGCAAUGUUUCCUUUUUUGAAAAAGAUGAUAAUGGCUACGAUGACGGCGAGGACGAUGGCAACAAUGAGGAGGCGGCGACGCCACAGCAGUUGGAACCUAUGCUGGGUGCCUACUGGAGUUCGGUGUGUACGCUGAGACUGUCGCUGGAGCUCCCAGUGGAUGAGGACUUUACCCGCCAGGAUGACGGCCUGCGUUUGAUGCAUGUCAUCUCCAACACAUACGGCCCCGAUGGUGACCACUGCCUGCUGCGCAUCACGGAGGCUGGCGUGGCUUAGCGGCGGGCAAAUGGAUUCUGCGGAUU